AUCAGAAAGCAGAAAGAAAAGUCACUCAGAGGCUCGUUGGAGUGAUAGAGGCACAGGAAGUGUCACACAGACACACACAGAGCAUAUUGUGGGUCAUAUUCCGAGGACAGAAGAACAACACACUCCUGUGCUCCUGUUCUCUCACCGUCCAUCACCACAGUGAAGGUUCAGACUCUGGAACCUGACAUUUCUCCUGUGGAAGGUCCAAGAAUAAGAAGUGAAAAUGGGAUGUUUCGAAUUCCUCAAAUACACAAUGUUCGUGUUCAACGGCAUCAUCUUUCUGGCGGGCGCUGCCAUCCUGGGCGUCGGGAUCUGGGUGAAGGUGGACAGCGGCUCCGUCCUCGGCUUCCUGGGGAAGAUUGAAAACGCGCCGCCAGAGCUCAAGCAGGUGCUGGACGUGGGCUACCUGCUGAUCGCCAUCGGGUUGGUGCUGCUCAUCAUUGGCUUCCUGGGCUGCUGUGGCGCCAUGAAAGAGAGCAAGUGCAUGCUGCUGCUGUUCUUUAUCAUCGUGCUGCUGGUCUUCAUCGCGGAGGUUGCAGGAGCAGUGGUGAUCUUGGUGUUCAGACCCUUGACAGAUGAGCUGCUUCAGAAGCUCCGCACAGCAGCCGUACAGAACAUCAGGAAAGACUACGGGAAGAACGAGGACGUCACAGGACUGUGGAACACGACGAUGACCGGGUUGCAGUGUUGUGGAUUUGACAACUCCUCCAACUUUGUGGGUUCUCCGUAUUAUGUGGAGCACAACAAGCAAUUCCCCCCCCAGUGUUGUCCCGACCUGAAGUCCUCCUGUAACCAGACGAUGGCCGACAGUGGCAUGAAAAGCCCCGGCUGCUUCCAAAAGAUCAAGGAUCUGAUUGAGAUCAACGCGCUGGUUAUCGUGGGAGUGGCCCUGGGGAUUGCAGCUCUGGAGAUAUGUGCCAUGGUCGUCUCCAUGAUCCUCUACUGCAGAAUCAAAUCCCUGAGCGCCUAACGGCCCGAUGGAAGACGCCUGAGAGGGAUCUUUGUAUAUUUGAAUCUCCGGAGCCUUUUCCACUUCCUGCACCGCCUCCAGAGGAGUGAAGAGCUCCGCCCCUAUCCUGCAAAAACGUAUCAGUUCAGUCAGAUCACGUGCAAUCAGAUUAGUGAAUGACAACAUCCAUCAUCUCUCCAUCAUCCAUCCAUCAUCCAUCCAUCAUCUCUCCAUCAUCCAUCCAUCCGUCAAUUUUUUUUUACCCCAUAUGAAUCUAACAGCUGCUGUAUAUAACAAAUCUAUUUCUACACUACACUUUAUAAAGCCCAGUGCUGCUACAACCUGUAACACACGGCCGGUUAAUUAAAUUAUAACUAUAUUCACUGUGUCCGACACAGGAACCACUGCUGUUGAACGGUGUCGCCGCAGUGCCGCUUGUAAAAAAAAGCGACAAAAGUGACACAUUAUUUGUGUGUAUGUUGUGUGGUUAUUAAUUUUGGAAUAAAGUGCAGAUGAUUUGUA